GCAAAUAUGAGUAGCAGGAUCAGAUAACAAUUCUGCUGUCAAUUCAUAUCCACGGUCCUCCAAGUCCUACAUAUCGACACGAGAGUAGAUACUAGAUACUAGAUAUUUUGUUCGCUCUGCCACACUAAUAAGAUUGACAAUUAAACUCAAUAAACCCAUCACUAUCUAUUCUAUCACUAUCAAGCCUGGUUUAACCUGCUUGCUUGUCCUGCUUGUAACUAGGUAGCUUGACGCUCAAAUAAAUGACAGGUACGACUUCAGUGGAUGGUUAUGUGAGAUCACGGCCGCAAAAAGAAGCAAGCUCAGUCUCUUCCUAUCAAAAUCCAUAUCCUCAUCAUCAGUCGAAUAAAAUAUAUGAUGAGGAAAAGGAAGCAAGAAAAGAAAACAAAAAGUUGUGGGAAGAGUUUUUUUUUUCCGCCAUGACUAAGCGAAUAACAAACAGAACAAACAUCCCCACUACGCGCAGGGGUAUAAAAACCUCGACUUUGCACGCCCGGUUUUUCACUUUCUUCUUUUCUUUCUUCGUGCGGCGACGCAACUAUUAUUUCACCCGUGUUGCUUGGACAUCCUCUUCGUCUCUCAUUCGAGAGAUGAUAAUUCAUGAUGUUACCAGGUGUCAGUUGCGUCACAGACGAAUGAAAAUUGCACGCCGGUUCUACUUUUUUGGCCUUUCUUCUUUUUUUCUACGGAUGAGGCCAUUGGUUUGGGAUCGGACACUCAACAAAAUCACUAUUUUUGCUUGGAUACUCGUAGCUCGUAAUCACACGGAAAAGAGAGAGUUAGAGAUUGUGUAUUGUACUAGCUAGGAUAGUAGGAUUCUACUCUCCCUGCUCGUCGCCAAUCUUCUGCAACUUGCCCAUCUCUCGCUUCUCGCCCGCUUCGCCCAGAAUGCGCACGCGGUCGACGCGGAUUUUCUCGCCGUCGCCGUCGCCGUCGACGAAAAACACAACCAACGAGCUCACGUUCUGGAACUUGACGAACCGCAGGUCCACCUUGGCCGUGCCUGUCUUUGCAUCCCAGUCGCCCGCCUGCAGCGUCACCGUCUGCACGGCAGGGAUAUCUUCUGCAUCGUCGAAACUAAGCACGU